AUGAAACCCACAUCACCACAAACAGAAAACUUAUUUUUAAACCAAGGAUUUCAACCAAUACAAGAAACAAAAAGAAAUCUAAUUCAAGAAAUAGAAGAAAAUUCAUAUUCUAAAAAACAAUCACCUCUUUUAUUAAAUCAGAAUGAAGGUUCUAAACAAUCAUAUCCUGGAUUAUUAGAAUUAUUUUUAAAAGGUAAUUUAAAUAAAUCGAUCAAAAAAUCAAAUACACAAAAUGAACAACCACAAUUCUUUUAUAGUGAAUAUGUUAAACAAGAAUAUUUUCAAAGAACAUUUGAUUUAGAUUUUGGAAAUGAAACAGUUAUGGAUAUAAAUGAACUUCCAUUAACACAAAUUAUUAAACCAUUUAAAUUAAUAAGUCCAAUUGAAAGAAAUAAGUUUAAUCAGAAAAAAAUUAGUAGAUAUUAUAAAAUACCUAUAGAUCAUUUAAUAAAAGAAGAUGACACAACACAAAUUGAAUCUAAUAGUUUUGAUUAUUCAGAUAAAUCUAGUGAUACUACAACAUUAGUUUCAAUAGAAGAAAUUGAUUUAGUAAGUAAUAGUAAUAACGUAAAAGAAAUUAUUAAAUGGUUAUCAAAUAAUAUUAUAAAAUUAACUAAAUUAAAACAAUCAAAAUUAUUAAUUUAUAAUUAUUCAAAACAAGUUAUUAAAUAUCUUUCAUAUUAUGGAAUUAAUAUUCAUAAAAUACCAUUUAAUAAUAGUAUUAUAUCAAAUGAUUUAUUAAUUUCACUUUUAAAUAAAAUUACAAUUAAAUUUCCUCAAAGUGAUUUAUGUUAUUGUAUUAAAUUUUUUAAUAAACUUGAAGAAACUAUUAUAAGAAUUAGACGUUAUGGAAUUGAUUAUUCUAAAACAGAAAUUAAUGAUUUUUGUAAUUAUGAAUGGUCAUUGACAUGUGAAUUAUCAUUUCUUGAAUCUUUAUAUCAAUAUGGAAACAAUAUGGAACAAAUACUUUUAAAUAAUCCUAUUAUUCGAUAUCAGUUAAGAAUAAUUAAUAAUAUUCAAUAUAAAAAUCAACAAAUACAAUUUCUUAAAAGGAGAUUAGCUGCUUUGUAUAAUAAAUUUUCAAUAUGA